AUGACCGCGGGUCUCGACACGCGUCGCAUUCGGUCUUCCACUCUUGCUGAGCUUCGAGACUACUACCGCCAAAUACUGAACGAUGCGCCAAUCCAGGAGAUCACGACACAGCUUCUCCUAGCUGUUGAGAGAGGCUCGGUAUCGCCGCUCGCCUUCGCACCAUGGCUCGGUGUAGCACAGUCGCCUCUCGCUACACGCGAGGCGCUCAUCCAAGAUAAGUCCGUACUUGUCCGCAAGUUCGGCAUCAAGUUUCUGCGCAAGGGGCUUUGUUCUCCGCGAUGGAGAGAGACAUGGGAUGGUCUCGGGGGAAUUGCUGGGUUGCUUGACAUCUUUGCAGACCUCUCGGUGAUUGAAGUCAAAGCUGCCUGUACCGCGAUUGGUCGUUCGGGUAGAGGGGCUGAGGUAGAUGCGAAAAGACAGCUUUUCACGGCACUCUUCAAAGCGCUGCACCCUGAUCGCUUUCCUGGUGCGCCGCAUAAGACGAAAGACCAGCGCGCACUUGGAAGGUUCUACCGACUCAUCAUCCCUGCGUGUUCGAAGGAGCUGGUGGAAGAGGCCAUCGCAAGCGAGUCGAAAGGAACAUGGAAAGAUGCACGAACCAAGGAUCUCGUCAAGUACUAUCCAGAGUGUAUGCAAGAAGAGCUCCUCCAAGCGGCGAGCGCGGAACAACCACCCAACGACAACAUCACGGUACCUACAGAGCUACUGCAUCACCAUCCGCCAGGUAAAUCGACCACAAAGGGCUUCUCCAAGUCUAUGGAGUUCUCCUUGAGACUCCUGGAAACCCUCAGUAAUUCAGCGCAUUCGGUAGUGGAGGACGAGACUUUCAUCGAUCAACUCGUCAACCCUCUUAUGAAACGUGCCAUUAAGAACCGCGCAGGUUGGGACAUGGUACAACGAAUCGUCGAUCUUACGAUGCGCUAUCUGGAAAACCAUCCAAGCACAGGAUGUCACAUCACUGGCAUCAAGGGCGACUUUCUCCAGCAGGUCGCCUAUUGCUGGUCACAACAGCCAAGUUUGUUCGAACAGCAUCUGCGGAGACUCUGUUCUCAUCCGGUCUUUGGUACAGCCAGCAAGAUCAACAUCGGAGACUGGGCUGUUAUCCUCACAGGGGUUCCCGUAAAGCGAAGCUACCCACUCUUGAGACUUUGCUACCAAGCGUCCACCUCGCUUGACCUGGACAGCGAUGAAGAUCUGAAGAAUACCAAGGGCUCGAUCCAUCCCGGCUUUUUCGCGAAUUUGUCCCCUGCCGACGCUCUGCUACUGUUUACUCGUCUGCGAAAAGCGAGAGGAGAUGUUGAUUUAAUCGACCUUGAUCGAAAUCGCUCUAUCUUCGGCCAAACGCCAACUUAUGAACUUCAAGAUCAAAGCGGUGACCCGGAUAUAUUUCACAUCUGGCUACUAAGCCUGAACAACAAGGAAGAAGACGCCAAGACAUUGGCCAAUGGCUACGUUGAUGUGCGCAAGAAGAAGGCUGCUACUGCAUCUCAGCCGGAACAACGUGCAUUCUUUGCCAAGUCAGCGCUAUUUGCUGCUAUCGCCAGUGGAUCUUUCGAUAUGCUGAAAGAUACGCUAGAGUGGACGAAACGUUUCUUGCGAGAUCCGCUCGUGAUGCGGGAGAUCUAUCCAAACAUAUUUCCUGAAGAAGCUACACGUCUACUAUCAGGUAUUCCUGCAUCGAUCAACGGACUGCCAAGCCUGACUGUGCUACAACACCGAGUCGCAAUGGCGAACACAAUUUUGCAAGGAAUGUUUGACACAGCAUGCGAAGCCCUCAAGGAACCUUCGUUCAACGCGCAUGAUUGGAGUGGCGUCUUUGAGCUAUUCCACGAUGUUAUCAAACUACGGAUGGACCUCACACCACAUGUCAAGAAGCAACUCAGAGCCUCUGACGACGGUAUACAUGCCUGCAUUUGGCAGGUCACGAUUCCGAUGCUCAUUGCGGUCGAGGAAAAGGCGCAAAGAGAGGAAUACGCAAGACUGGAGGCGGACCAUCCCCGUGGUAUUCUUGCCUAUCACAGAUCCUUCACUAUUGAGCUUGAAAGCUUGGACGUCUCGACAUAUGUCUUCUUAGACACCCUUGCACGAGCGAGAAACGAACUCUGGUCCAAGCUAAGGCCGCUAGACCGUCCUGCCACACUAGCGCUUCCUGAGCCCUUUCCUCGAGGACUUCCAAUACAAUGCCUGACUGCACCGUGGAUUCUGAACGUGAAGGAUCUCAACAGCAUAGGGGCGUCUUACAUUGCAGCGCGUACCCAGCAAGCCAUCUUCCCAGAUCCGAAGACUGCUCUCCAACCCGUAUCACUGGACAAAGAGUUUCAGAAGACCAUUGGGCUGUUCGUAGACAGUUACCAAUAUGGCCUACAGCUUUAUAUACCCAAAGCAUGCGAUAAGCCGGAGAAGAAAGCUCGUCUCAGAAGGGCGUGGCAGUAUGCCAUCGGCCCUCUAAGCUCCGACAGGAUGACAGAGGAGGAAGCAAUACGCUUUUGGAAAGACAUGAAGCCAGACGAUUUGGAUGAGUGGCCGCCUGAGGGCGUGAUGAGGAAUAUAAAGAAGUCUUGGCCAAUGAUACCUGAGGAUGACGGUUCGGGUGAGCCAUGUGAAUGGAACCCUUUUGCGACAAGACCGGAUUUUGUCGAGCGGGAACUUGAUGCACCGACUUAUGUGGACUUUUCAGUUGGCGUAUCGAGAAUCAUGACUUCAAGAGGCCGUGUGAACUUUCCCAUUGUUGCAGCACCAGUUAAAGUUCCUGGCUACGAAGAGGACGCUAGGCUUAUCUGGAGUUCAUCGCGCGAUAUGGGAGAAGGUGGCGUGUUAUCGGCUCUGCUGUAUCUCGACGCGAAAUUCGUCAAGAGCGACCGCCUUCUAGCGACCCUAUUUCCUUCGGAAACAGACACGCGAUACCCGGCUUUAUACUUGGACGAAGAGUUCCUCACUUCUGAUGAGCCAAAUCAGUUUACAGCUUCCAGAGCCAUACACGGUCAUCUCGAUACGAUACCUCCUACAUUGCUGGCACAACUAUCACGAAACCUCGUCAAAGCUCUUGAUCAUGCGGACACAGUUGAGGAAUCCGACAGCCAUACAGCUCUGCAUGAGGUCACUAUGCAGCUCAUUGCUCGAGUGGGCGAAAGUGAUAGACCCGGCUUGGCCACGCAGUCAGCUGUCCGUACAAUCCUGGAUAGGCCCAAGUCGAGCUCAUGGCAUCGCAUCCUACUAAAACCGAGUUUCCUCCGAAGACUUCCGGCGUCGCAGGCCAGAGCCUGCAUUGGAUCUCUUUCCGAUGAGAUUAUCAGCAUGGUACAGGCCAAGAAAAUCAAUAAAGAAAGUUCAGCCGACGGCAAUCUUGCGCCACCCACUGGCGAGCCGCACGUAAAAGUCACUACGAUUAAGAUGUUGGUUCAGCUUUUCCAGGACCUUGACUUGAAUGGAACAGACUAUGCACUUUCAGUGCUAUCCACACUUUCCAGAAUGAACACACAUGUUGACGUCCGGCUCAACAUCGUCAAGAGCCUCCUAGUACUGCUUGAUAAUGGGUCUCGAGACCAGUCUCGCGCAGUACUUACUCUCCUGGAGUUGUUCAUACCAAUAGCUGGAUCUUUGAACGAAAGACAGCCGCUGGACGAAACGCAGUGGCUGCAGUACGAACAGGACCUUACGCUCCCCGAGAUCCAGGCCGGCAUCUCGCUCGAGGAUGGGUCAGAAUCACCGGUUCUGGUGGCUUUGAUCCAAUAUUUCUGUAACAAGAAGAACGAUACGGUCGAGUUCCAGCAAUUCGUAGACCGAGUCUUGAUGCCGGUACUGCAGACUCUGAGAGAUCAGACGACGAGAUGGGUAGCAUUGUUUCUCCGAAAGUAUGGGCUUGAAGAUGCGCUGCUUAUGGACGUUCGCAUCCCAUCCAUCCCGCGAGACCCGUACGUGAACAGGCUGCUACUAAACGAGAACAACAAGAUGCCAGCUCAUGUUCCGCAUACUAUACUGGAAGAAUAUGUGGAAUACCUGUGCUUUAUCAUCGGACCUCCGGCAUCUUUGCGAGCCAUGAAUCAACGGCUUGUCGCUGAUCCUGCGCUAGCUUCACUUCCUGAAGUCCAAACAUGGAUACGACUAUUUGCACUAGACCGUAGUCUCUGGAGCAUUCGCCCGUCUGCGAACUUCCUCGAACUUCUAGAGUACGCAGAAGAUUCUUCCGACGAUACGGUUCUUACACCCAAACUCAUCCAGGAGCAAUAUCUCAACCUUUUCACGGCGUUAGUUUGGAACGACUCGCCAACAUACACCAAUCUCACUAAAGGCUUCUGCAAUAGAAUGAUAAGUGGCAGUUAUCUCGCAAAGUCUUGGUGGUUACGACACGGCAGACCGAUACUGAUGGCGAUGGUGUCCUACGUAAACAAUUUGCGCAACCAACGAUGGGAGCGCGACCCCGCCCGUCAACCUUCGGUUCUCCCUGAUACCUUUUCCUGGCGUCUUUUCCUGCUCGAUUAUCCAUGGCCGUCACACGAUGAAGAAGAAGAGGUCCGCGAGAAAGCAUGUACGCACUUCGCGGGUCAACUAGAGGCAAUCAUCGAUGAUAUGAGUAGCCGGCCAGUCUACCAUCAAGCCCUUCGAGAACUGAUUGACUACCUUGGCACUGACAUCGUAUCUUCCAAGAAUAGCGGAAGAGGAGAAAAGCGAUUUGGCACAAGCGUAUAUACCUACAAGAAACACGAUCUGUUGCAUGAUGCUCUCAUGAACAAUCGCAUCUUGACGGCAACAUGCGUAGGCGACAUUCGUAAGACGAGGUUGAGCUGGUUGACAGCACCGGACUUGUUGAAGGUCGAAGUUGCCUGGGCACUAGUCCAACAUGUGGGGACCGAAUUGAAGGAGGAACGAGCUAUCGUGAAGACAGAGACAAGGCAUAAGUUAAAACUGAUGUUGGAAAUGUGGAAGGCAUCUGAGAAUGAGGGUGUCCGGAGAAGAGGAUGGGAAAUCGAGGAAAGCUUUCUGCCCUAA